AUGUUUGUAGUUGAACUUCUUCUGAGAGUGAAAGGUAUCAUGGUCAAUUCAAGCCAGAUUCCAUAUUUCCUACUGACUGCCUACCUGGACAUGGGCUAUCUGAAGUACUUAUAUUUUGUGAUUGUUUUGAUGCUGUACAUUGUGAUUGUGGUUGCAAAUGCUUUGCUCAUUGUAACUAUUUGUAUGAAUAGGAGCCUACAUGAGCCUAUGUAUGUGUUUCUGUGUAGCCUGUUGGUUAAUCAGCUGUACGGUAGCACUGGUAUAUUUCCAUUCCUCCUGCUGCAGAUCACCUCAGACACUCACACCAUAUAUAGAUCCAUGUGUUUCCUUCAGAUCUACUGCUUGUAUACGUAUGCAUCUGUGGAGGUUUGUAACCUGGCUGUGAUGUCCUAUGAUAGGUACCUUGCUAUCUGCUGUCCUCUGCAUUAUAAGGCUCGGCUGACCUCUAACAAGGUGGCUCUGUUGAUCGCUCUCGUAUGGCUGUACUCUUUUAUCAAGUUCCUAAUAACUCUUUGUCUGUCUCUCCGUCUAAAGCUCUGUGGGAAUGUCAUAGACCGGCUAUUUUGCUUCAACUACGAUGUUGUCUUACUGGCGUGUUCUGAUACCACACUAAAUAAUAUCUAUGGGCUUUAUGGAAUAUUUCUGAGUGUAUUAGUUCCUCUCAUCCCCAUCCUGUUCUCCUACAUCAAGAUCCUCAGGGUUUGUUUUAAUGGUUCUAAAGAGACCAGACAGAAAGCAGUCAGUACCUGCAGCCCCCACAUCGCCUCCCUGAUCAAUUUCUCUUUUGGGUGUUGUUUUGAAAUAUUUCAGAGUAGAUUCAAUACGACCAGUGUUCCCAGGAUAAUACGUAUUGUUUUAUCGCUGUACUUGGUAACCAUCCAAGGACUCUUUAACCCUAUUAUUUAUGGACUGAGGUUAUCUAAAAUAAGACAGAUCUGUAGUAAUCACUUUUGCUCUAAGAAGGACACCCGUGGGUUCCACAGAUGA